AUGAUUUUUGCCCUUGUGCCCGACCCAACAGGUUCUGGGAUGCUGGACUGGAGGUUGUCAUGUCUCCUGGUGCAGGCAGCGGUCCUGCUCCUGCUCAGCGAGGGGGAGAAGAUGUGCCCAGCCAGUUGCCGCUGUGAAGGCAAGAUUGUCUACUGUGAGUCGGGCAUCUUCCAGGACGUGCCAGAGAACAUCACAGUGAACUGCCAGGGCCUUUCUCUGCGCUACAACAACCUCCUGGGGCUGCUGCCGUACCAGUUUGCCCACCUCAACCAACUCAUCUGGCUCUACCUGGACCACAACUCCAUCAACACUGUGGAUGCUCUGGCGUUUCAUGGAGUCCGAAGGCUCAAGGAACUCAUUCUAAGUUCCAACAAAAUAAGCCAUCUUCAUAACAAUACAUUCAGUGCAAUUCCUAAUCUGCGAAACCUGGACCUAUCUUACAACCAGCUUCAGUUCAUCCACCCAGGGCACUUUUUUGGUCUACGAAAAUUGCAAAACCUACAUCUUCGCUCCAACGGCCUAAAGCAAAUUUUUGUUCGUACGUUUUUGGAGUGUCGGAGUUUGGAGUUUCUUGAUUUGGGUUAUAAUCGGUUAAGGAGUCUUACACGAACAACAUUCUUGGGUUUGUUUAAGUUAAAAGAGCUUCACUUGGAACACAAUCAGUUUUCCAGGAUUAAUUUUUUUCUUUUUCCACGUCUCACCAACCUACAGGCCCUUUACCUACAGUGGAACCGCAUUCGAUCCAUCAGCCAGGGCGAGCGCUGGAUUUGGCAAAAGCUGCAAAAGUUGGAUCUUUCUGGGAAUGAGAUACAAACACUGGACCCGGUGGUUUUUCAGUGCAUGCCUAAUUUACAGAUCCUCAAUCUAGAAUCAAACAAACUCAGCAGUGUCCCCGUGGAGGCAGUGGCGGCUUGGACCUCUCUCACUACCAUCAGUUUGGCGGGAAACUCUUGGGACUGCAGGCCUAGCAUCUGCCCGCUAAUGGUGUGGCUCCUAACCAUCCGGGACGCCAAAGACAUCAGCAUGAUCUGCAGCGGUCCCAAGAGGGCGCAGGGCGAGCGAGUGGUGGACGCCAUAAGGAACCACUCCACGUGCCCGGACAAUGUGUUCUCAACCACUGCUCUACUUUUACUUCACACAUCAACCGCAGCUAAAAACACCACAAGCCAGGAUCUCCCAACUGUGCCUCCAGAGCUGGAUGUUCCUGAAGCCACAAUGCAAAUUCUGACCCCUCCCCCUGUCUAUCACAUAAGCACUGACAAAAAGACGACAAAAGAACCAACUACUUUUACAAGGACCACUUUACCUUUCAACCCCGAAACCCCCACUACAUUCAUCCCUGAGAUACAGUUCGAACACAUGUCUUUCCACAAAAUCAUUGCAGGGAGCGUGGCCCUGUUUCUGUCUGUGUCAUUGAUUCUCUUAGUUAUUUAUGUCUCGUGGAGGCGCUAUCCCAACACCAUGAGGCAGCUGCAGCAGCACUCCGUCAACCAUAAGAAGAGGAAAAAGACCCGCAAGCAAGAGCAGGACCUAAACUCUCAACUCCAGGAAUACUAUCUGAGCUACCAUUCCAACUCGGAGACAAUGGACUCCCUGGUGAAUGAGGUACGGCCUUGCACAUGCACCAUAUCGGGAUCCAUAGAGUGUGAGGUCUGA